UGCGCAGGAUCAUGUUGCAUGGGGUAGGAAGGCUCUUAUGGUGCGUUUCAUGGGGAGAAAAUCAACCCCCAAAUGGUGCCGUGUUGGCGCCAUUUGACCUCGCUUCCCCCACAACUUGUGCCGCAGCUGAUUGAAUUGGAUAAUCGUGCGAGGAAAGUCGUCGCGAGGCUCAGUUCCGAGUUGUCUUCUGCGGUGUGCGGUUCAAGUGGAGAGCUCCAAAGAUUUCAAAAAGAAGUUGUGCUCAUCACCUCUGUGAAAUCCACGGUGUGCGUGCAAUUGGUUUUACAUCCUCAUUUUAGGAAAUCCGUGGGUGGACAUUGGACAUUAACAUUUUUCCCCCAAAAUACCUUCCCAAAAUUAUCACGAAAAAAGGACGAAAAGAAAUUCAGCAGGACAGCUUGUGUGCAUUACGUAAUCCCAAGGAAGAGGGACCUUCCGCGUGCGUAUUCCGUGUGCUGUGCCCCCCUCGAGGCAAUGUGAUGUGGUAGUGUAGCAUGAGCUGUGUAGUAUUAUUUGCUAAAUACACCGCGUGACGUCAUGGUGCAAUUAAGAAUCCUCCCAAUGGGAGGGAGUGUGUGGAUUAAGUUGCUUCCCAUUGUUGCACUGUUAACCCUUUCGAGCUGCAUUACACCGUCAAUAAUGCCGCCACAGAAACGAGCUGGCACAACAGACACGUUUAAGGAUCACUGCAACAAAACGGUGGACAUCUACGUGGAUGUGGCAUCACCGGAAGUGACAAAUCUCAAUCGCGGACAACCAUUAACAUGUUGGUAUCGCUUCAGGAGCUUUCGUGGAGCACCAAGAGAUUGGGUUCUUAGGCUAAGAUUCAACAAAUUCAAAGUUGGCACUCUCGUGAAUGCCACUCAUUGCGACGGAGGGUACCUGCAGAUUGUGGAUGGUAAUGCAAAGACUGAUGUCUCCAAUCGCCGAGAACCAGGAAUGUUCUGUGGCGAAGCUGAGCAGCCGCAAACAUUCAUUAGUGAAACGAGCUAUGUUAAAAUACUUUUUCACACUGACAAUUUUACGGAUCAGACAUAUUUCUCCUUCGAAUCGAGAGCUGAGCAGCAAAUGGAAGUCUAUCUGCGCUAUGGGCAGCAUCCAGAAUUAUAUCCCAAUCGGAGGGGUGAAGUGGUCCAGGGGGCAUACUGUGAACGUGAGUUUCGGGAUUGUCGUCUGCAGACAUGCUACGUCCAGUCACCCGCAUACCCUGGUCUAUAUCCUCGUGCACUGAAAUGUCGCUACCGGCUCCACACGAGGCAGCCAUUUAUCAAGCUCUACUUGCAGAACGAGCACUUUGCCGUUGAUGGACAGAGGUGUGAGAAUAUCAUGACGUGUCCCAUGCGUGAAAUUGGCUCUGGUGUGGAACACUGUCCGUACGAUUGGUUAGCCGUCUACGAUGGACGUGAUGAGCAUGCAUCCCUUAUUGGAAGAUUCUGUGGCAUGGGGAAGUUUCCCUUUAGCAUUAUUGGUACUUCCCAGCACAUGUACGUUGAAUUUGUUACCUCCCCAGCUGGUCCACUACUUAAUACGGGUUUCCACUUCAACGUGGGCAAUUGGCCGGGUCACGUGGAGACUGCUGGCGUGAAAAGUGGUGCAUGUGAUUGGCUCCUCAGUUCAGACGCCCUACGCGCCACAAGUGCAUCUGAAGGUAUUUUCCUCAGUGUUGCACACUGGUAUCCACCAAAUACCUCCUGCAACUACCACAUACAAGGCAAUGAGGGUGAAGUGGUGCGCCUCUACUUUCCAAGCUUCCGCAUUAAUCGCAUAGAGGCGGCAAUUAGAAAAUACGAAGGAGAUUGCGCUGAAUCCUUAACAAUUUACGACUCAGGACGCCCCGAUCCAGCACGCAUUAUCAAGACAUUCUGUGAUACAUUCUCACGUCCAAUGGAGAAGGUGGAUUUCGUCAGCACCGGACGAUCCCUCUAUGUUCGUUUUGAAUCCCAUACGGGAUCCUACAGUGGUAGCUCUCUCUACUACUGGGCUCACUAUGACUUCUUCAACAACACCAAAUUUGGAGAUGCUGUCCAAAAUACCCUCUGCGAUGAGGUAUUCUACGCGUGGAAGUACACAAGAGGGAAGCUACGAUCACCCCUCAAUACUCUAAUCUACAAACGAACUGCCGGAAGUGACGUGAGGUGCCAAUAUAAAUUUGUCACAGAUAAGAGAUUGUAUGCAAGGGUUGUUGUUGAAGUCACUUCAAUUUCCUUCAAGGAUCUUCCAUAUAACAUGAACUCCUGUACACGCUGUCACGAGGAACGCGUCGAUAAGCUUGUUGUUUGGGAAGAUCGUGAUAAGCAGCAGAAUCAUUUGGCUUGCUUUUGUGACAACAUCCCCCGUGCUGUGCGUGUAAUCUCAUCAGGUGAUCAAAUGAAUCUCGAGAUGAUUGUUCAGGGACAACAUGCAACUGGGUCAUACUUUAAGAAUACAAAUCCACUAUUUGAGGCAAACUACGAAUUUGCCCAUGGGCCCCUAUGUGGUCCCAUAACAAUUGGACCAUCACCCGAUGGGGAACUUGUCUUCCCCUACAGGAAUGCCUUGGGGCUUCCAGUUUCGGGUGAACAUAAACACGAUAAGUGCAUAUGGGAGUUGCGUGUAGCCUCACAGAGAGAUCUGUGGCUACAUCUCGACAAGGCACGCUUCUCUGAGAGAUCUUGCGAUCAGGGACGUAUUGAGGUGUACCUCGCCGGACGCCUAGAGCCACGAUUCAUUAUUUGUCCUGACAAUACAAGCCUUGCAAGGGAUCUCCCUAUACUGUCGGCUGCAGAAUUGGGAGCACUUGACAAUGAGAAUGAACCCCUUCCUGUGUUAAUCCAGUACAUUGGUGACAAUACACCAGGACGCAAUGCAUUUAGGCUUGUGUGGACAGAGCUAUUCCACUUGCCACGAAAUGCCGAUGGUACCCUGGCAACGUCUAUGCUUCAAGGGGGUGACUGUGAUUUUCGCUGCCCCGGAGACACAUCCGUCUGCAUCCCGAAGCAUCUUGUGUGCAAUGGCAUUAUGAAUUGCCCAAAUGUCACUGUGAGUCUCACGAAUCUCGAUAGGAUUGCUCAGUAUAUCGAGGAGAAUCUAGCACGUUUGGGUAUCUACGAUGAUCACCUCAAAACCCUCACCCACCUAACGGAUGAGUCACCAGAAAUUUGCCAUAGAACCCCACCUGAGGAUCUACCUUACUUUAAGCUCCUUCUCAUUGCGGCUGGCUUGAGUCUCCUUUUGGCAAUCUUCCUUGCCAUCCUGUGUCGCAUGUGCCGAAGGAAAUACUAAACUGCGGUGUCCUUUCUGUAGGUAUAUAAUUCAAAUACUACUCUUUUAGGAGUAAAAAAGGAGCCAUUAACUGCAACGUUUAUCACUAAAAAUUAGUGGUUUUAAUCCCAACGUAGUUCAUUAAGGGUAUAGGCAUGAAUUGGAUUAGUUGAGUUAAUGUUAUGGAAAGAAUUGUUCUUUUGAUACAUUUUCCGGCUAGAAGUACCAAAUUUUCCAUCUAAAAAAUAUAUAAAACUAUCCUUGUUUGAUGUGUAAACAAAAGAAAAGAAAAACAAAUGACAAGAAAAUGUAAAAAAAAAACUAGACAUUUGUGUUCAAGGACUACUACGUUUUAUUUGUAAUAUUUUUAUUCGAAACAAUAACUGCCAUUUUAAACGGCCUUUUCGGUCUGUAUAUUUCUUUAUUACUUUUGAAAUGUGUUUUAUAAUGUACCCCUGCCUGGGUUUUAGUGGGGAAAAACAGCAAUAAAUUUCCAUUUGGAUCCGUAUAUUUACUCCUCAAACAAAAAAUAUCUUUCUCAAGUUCAAUUUUUGCCAAUAUUUAAAAAAAUAUAUAUAUUGUACCUAUAUUGACACUUUCCAUCGAUAUUUGAGCGGAAAUCCGGGAAAAGAGAACAAAAUUGCGCCCUAAAGCGCAAUAAAUGCGACACAAGAUGAAAAUUCUCUUAAUUUACGGAAGUCGUAAAAAGCUUUUUACGGCCCCGCUUCACCGGACUUUGCCAAAACACACAUCAACACAUUAAAGUGAUAAAAAAAACUAAGUGUUUGCCACAAUAUUUCUCACAUUCACUCAUUCCGAAAUACUUGGAAAUUCCGCGUGAAUUGAAUGUGUGAAAAGUGGGUGAAAAAAAAAUGAGAAUAUGUAGAAAUCCUGCACAUGGUGCACCAUGGCAUCCAAAAUGAAUUCGUUUAGAUUUAAAAAGAAAAAGAAAAUGUGUAAAUAUAGUGAAUUAAUUAGCUGAGAGAUUGGAUUUAAUUCCGUCACAAUUACAAUUACCUACAAAAAAUAUAUUAAAUGGUAAAAAUCCUUUUGGGGAUGAAAGUGAACGUGGUAGCAAAAUGAGUGCAAUGUAGGUAUGUUGAAUUAUGUACUUGAAGGUGUACUCAAAAGAAAACAAACUAAAAAGAAGGUUAGUCAUUCUAGUAUGAAUCAGUCCCCAAGGAGGUGACCAAAUUUUGUUUUUAAAUUAUCGUAGGGCAUUACUAAGGACUCAAGAAAAUCGUGAUAAUUUCCCGGAAAAGCGCUGGGAAAUAUACGAAUUUUCACAUUUUAUGUCAAAUCGGGUGCAAACUUCUUUGAAUUUUUUCUUAAUUUCUAGUUAUUCUAGAAAAUUCUUUUCUGUGUCAUAUGAAAGCUAUUUAAAGGCCUAACAAUAUAUAUUUAAACCAUUUUCCUACGGUGGAAAACUCGCGAGAUUUUCCGGCAUUGAACUUUUCUUUUGCUUCCCAUUUCUCCAAUAUUGAACGUGACCAAUUUUAAAAUAUCUCAUUUUGUAGCAUUUUUAAUUAUCUUUCAUUUGGUAUAACACUUGCCGGGGAAAUCCGCUGGGAAAACUCGUUACAGAACGAUUUUCCAAAGUUAAGCACAUUUUCGCGUUGGAGAAAAAGAGAUGGACAAUUAGUUGGUAUACCACAAUCGUGGCAUACCAAGUAUUUUUUUCUAGGCGAAUUCUUGGAACAUUCUGGAAACAUCAAAGAGAAAAAAUUGCCUAUCUCUUUUUCUCCAACGCGAAAAUGUGCUUAAUUUUGGAAAAUCAUUCUGUAGCGAGUUUUCCCAGCGGAUUUUCCCUGCAAGUGCUAUACCAAAUGAAAGAUAAUUAAAAACGCUACAAAAUGAGAUAUUUUAAAAUUGGUCACGUUCAAUAUUGGAGAAAUGGGAAGCGAAAGAAUAGUUCAAUGCCGGAAAAUCUCGUGAGUUUUCCACCGUAGGAAAAUGGUUUAAAUAUAUAUUGUUAGGCCUUUAAAUAGCUUUCAUAUGACACAGAAAAGAAUUUUCUAGAAUAACUAGAAAUUAAGAAAAAAUUCAAAGAAGUUUGCACCCGAUUUGACAUAAAAUGUGAAAAUUCGUAUAUUUCCCAGCGCUUUUCCGGGAAAUUGCCACGAUUUUCUUGAGUCUUUAGUAAUGCCCUACGAUAAUUUAAAAACAAAAUUUGGUUACCUCCUUGGGGACUGAUUCAUACUAGAAUGACUAGCCUUCUUUCUUAGGUGGUGGACAUGCACUGUAAAAGAAAAGGCUUGUUUUAUCCACAAGUUUCAUAAUUUAAUUUAUCUUUUUGUGGCUUUAAAAGUAAUUUUAAAAAAUAUUUUCAAUUAAAUUCAAAGCUUUAAAGACAUCUGAAUUGAUUUGAACAAACAUAUUUAUAAAAAAAAUCAAUCAAAAUUGGGGUAAAUAUAAGGGCAACGAGGUAGGGAAAAUUUUUUACGUCAUCUCUCCUUCAGAAAACUUGUACAAAACACUCAACGAGAUCCAAAAAAAAUCAUUUUCAAAAAAUUCUUCUCCAGAUAAAAUUAAAUUUUAUUGAGUACAUCAUCACGACAUAAUUUCACUUUACAAAAUUGCUGUGGACACUUCUAGAUUAUAGAAAUGCAACACAAAGAAAUGUAAAAGUACGUAUAUCUUAUGAUACCUAGGCAAACAAGAUAUUCAACACAAAAAAAUAGGAUUUUAAUCAAUAAAAAAAAAUUAGCAAAAAAUGUAAAAUUUUCUGUGGAUUGAAAUUUUAGCAAUUAAAAGAAAAUGGUGGAAGUUUGUGUAAAUUUUUCCGAAUAGUGAUUAAACAAGAAAAAAAAUGAUGAGAUUACAAUUAGUCUAAAUGAGAAAAAAAACGAUUUAUUUUUAAAAUGAAGCUUAGAUGAUACAUUUUCUCCUAUUUCGAAUAAAAGAAUAAAAGAAAUUUAAAAGAAAAAAUCGUAAAUGUGUAAAAAAAAAUAAAUACUUGAGGGUAAUUUCUGAGAUACAGAAAAUGAUAAGAAAAUAAGAAGAAAAUCCUGUCGAGAGAUUGGAAAAAUUUCUGUAACUCACAUUUUAUCGUGUCAGAGCUUUCUCCAGUGAGAAAAUGGAUAAUAGAAAUUAAUUAAAAUAGAGUGUUUAUGGUCAUUAUCACAAAUUCUUCAAUUUCAAAAAAAAAACUGAAUCUCUCAACUGAUUCACCUACCUAUUAUUACCUAUACCAUAGAAGAUGUUACACGAAAUGAAAUAAUAAAAAAUAAAUUUUUGUAAUAACAA